AUGACCGGGUCAGAGAAAGAGGCCAUAGAGCGCGAGCUUCGAGUGUUACAUAGGGCGAAGACCAUCGCGGUGCUAAAUCGCGAUAGCACGUUGAACCGUAUGAAGGCCAUAGCUGACAUGGCGUCCCGAGUGAGGGAGGCGCCCGAGUUGAAGCCCAUAUUGUUAACUGCAGCCGGUGACCUAGACUCCCUAUGGGAUACAUUUCUUCAACAUAAUGAUGCUGUUUUGAAUGAGUUACUAGAUUUGGACUUAGCCUCAGAAUAUUCUGUUACUCUGGAAGCGGAGGUUCGUACUCUAUAUUUUGACGCCCGUGCUAUAGUGGAAGAAUUUGCUAACCUACCCACAAACAGGGUCACAUGGUUCCAGUCGCUCAUCGGGCUCACGCCAUUCCAAUUUCCAAUCAUUCCGGUAGCCCUUCACUGCGCUCUCGGCUCCCAGAAAUCCCAUUGCCGUCCUUCUGUGGCGAGUUGA